UGCCUGUGACGUUCAGCUCGGUGAAGGGAGCCGUGGGCUUUUCUUCACAUUAGCUUCCUCUGCCUGCUAACAAACCUGCUAACAAACAAACCUGCUAACAAACAAACUUGCUAACCAACCUGCUAACAAACCAACCUGCUAACAAACAAACUUGCUAACCAACCUGCUAGCAACCCUUCUCACACUGGUUCACACGCUGCUCACCCGACAACUCAAACACCAACACCAUGCCUGCCUUCCGGCAAGUGGGAGAGAAGCAGCUUCCUAACCCCAUACUGUGUAUGGCAUGGUCUCCCAGACGUGAUCUGAUUGCUCUGGCCAACACAACUGGAGAGUUGCUGCUGCAUCGCUUGGCGAGUUUCCAGCGUGUUUGGAGCUUACCACCCAGUGAGUAUACAGGGAGGGAGAUCACUGCACUCGCCUGGAGACCCGAUGGCAAAAUAUUGGCUUUCAGCCUUGGAGACACCAAACAGGUUGUCCUGUGUGGUGUCGAGAAAGCGGAGAUCCUCCACAUGUUUCCAAUGCAGAACCCUGUGACCUGCAUGCACUGGAUGGAGGUGACGGAGGAGAACAGUGCCCUCAGCUCCUUUUACAACUCAGAAGAUGAAUCAAAACUUUUUCUUCCCAAAUUACCAGCCCUCCCCAAGAGCUAUAGCACAACAUCAAAGAUCUUCAGUGAAGAAAAGUCUGACGCAAUAAUGAAUCUCCUGGGUGAAGUCAGACUGAAUGUACUUGUUCUUGGGGGAGACGGUGGCUUUGUGGAGCUUUAUGCCUACGGGAUGUAUAAGAUCGCCACUUUAACAGGAGUAUCAGGAACGUGUCGAAGCCUGAGUCUGUCCAGUGAUCUCAAGUCUCUCUCCGUCAUCACAGAGGUCCGGUCUGCCAACAACAACCCGGAGAUCUGCUACAUUCAGCUGGACACAGGGUUGUUGUCCGACUGUCUGCCUGAAGUCACCAGGAUGGCGCGAAAGUUCACCCACAUCUCCACGCUGCUCCAGUACCUGCAUCUUUCACUGACAUGCAUGUGUGAGGCCUGGGAGGACAUCCUCAUGCAGAUGGAUCUCCGACUCACGAAGUUUGUUCAGGAGAAGAACACGAGCACCCAGGUUCAAGAUGAGUUUCUGGAGCUUUUGCUAUGGGGACAAUCAAGCCCAGAACUACAAGCUCUACUCAUGAACCAGCUGACCGUCAAGGGCCUGAAGAAGCUCGGCCAGUCCAUCGAGUCGUCUUACUCCAGCAUCCAGAAGCUAGUGAUCAGCCACCUGCAGAGUGGCUCUGAGGCUCUGUUGUAUCACCUCAGUGAGGUGAAAGGCAUGUCGCUAUGGAAGCAGAAGUUUGAGCCCCUUGGACUGGAUUCAGCAGCUAUCGAAGGUGCCAUCACAGCAGUGGGUUCCUUCUCUCUGAAAGCCAACGAACUGCUGCAGGUGAUUGACAAGAGCAUGAAAAACUUCAAAGCCUUUUUUCGGUGGCUGUAUGUAGCUAUGCUAAGAAUGUGCGAGGAGCAUGUACCACCAGAGCUAAACAAGAUGACUCAGAAGGACAUUGCCUUUGUUGCUGACUUCCUGUCUGAGCAUUUCAGUGAGAAUGAAGAACUGUUUGAUCGCAAAGGAAAGUACUUCAAUGUGGAGCGAGUUGGUCAGUACCUGAAGGAUGAGGAUGAGGACCUCGUGUCUCCGCCCAACAACAAGGGAAACCAGUGGCUGAAGUUUCUGCAGGAGAGUACGCACCUGAAGGAGAGCCCUUUGCUGUUCCCUUCAUAUCCCCAAAAGUCUUUGCACUUUGUCAAGAGGAUGAUGGAGAAUGUGAUUGAGCAGUGUCUCCAGAAACCGGCGGAAGUAAUCGGAAAGUCUGUAAAACAGGCCGUGUUUUUGCCACUGUACACUGUGCCAGAGAGCUCAAACACUCCGCGACUUUUUGAACUUCCAUCUUUGUGGAAUGACAAGAAGACCAAAAUGCAUUACGUUGUGUUCAGUAUGCCAGAUAUUUCUCCCUGCAAGCUCUACCUGUUACGGAAAGGAACAGACCCAAACAGACAUAUUCAAAACAGUGUUGUGUCGAUUGAUCUCAGCCAGCAUUUUGACAGUGCCGAUGUUGAUAAUGCUGCUGCCCAGUCUCACUGUGGUUACAGCUGCCUAGAUGCUCGUUUCUAUGAUGAUGAAAUGCUGACUGUAGUCUUGCAAGGAGCAGAAGAAGACAAUAGUCGCCGUGUCCUUGCUCAGCUCCCUCUGGCUUCCACCCUGAGCUGUGAGACUGAGUUCAAAUGGGAGCCAAACCUGAGGUUGGACCAGCAGACCAGUGCCAUCCCAUGUCAAGGCUUGGUGUUGGGGAAUCAGUGGCGGGAAAUGGAGAGCAUGAACGCUCAGUUUGUAGCUGUCAAUGGAAUCCGCAAAGUAGCCUGUGUGAUAAGUGCCAAUCUGAGGCACAUACGUGUUUUUGAGAUGGACGUAGAGGAUGAGGAUGAGGAGGGAGCUGACUCGCAGAACGCCAGUGCCGACCAGGAUGGGCUCGACACUACCAUGACCAGCCAGGGGCCGGGAGAGGAGAGUGUGGAGGCUGAAGGUGAGGCCAGAGAGCAAAAAACUGAGGAACAUCUGGAGUCCGAAGAAGCUCAGGAACUCUCUUAAGACUGAGACACAGGACAAAGGACUUGGCUCCAUCUUUUGUUUGUGCGUUUUUUUUCUAUUCUGAAAAACAUGUGUGUAUAUUAAAAUAAAAAGGCUUGUGUUUAUAUUUGA